AUGACUGCCCAGGAGCUGUGGCUGUGUGGCCUGCUGCUACAGGAGCACUUUGGAGAGGAUAGCACGGUGCUUGUGAGUUCGGGCCGGCGAGGGCCCGGGAGUCCAGUAAGGUACCGGGCCAGCUGUGAGCGGGUUCUAAGUGUUCUGCGGUACAUCUACACAGCUAAGACCCUGUAUGGAGACACAGGAGAACUCAUCGUGGAGGAGGUCCUACAACGAGGCCAUAUGACCUUGAGCAACACAGUAAAGACUGUAGCUGACCGACUCACUCAUAACAUGGAGGAGGGUCGUAGUAUGGAGUACAGUGAGGUGGUCUCCGCCUUCUCUAAGCUGGUGGAGACUCACUUCCUGCAGCGCUGUCCUCCGGUGGCCGAGAUGGGAACUGCAGCCACCUCCACUGCCCCCCCAACAGCAGAGAGCAACCCCGACUGCUACACACUGCCCCAUGUCACACUCAUAGGUUGUGGGAAGCGCAGACGCUCCAGUGACGACAGUGAGGAGCAGAGAGGAGGGAAGAAAGUCAAGAUGGACUCAGAGUCGUGUGGUGAUGAGGGGAUCUACUGGCAGGUGAACUUUGAGAGGUUCCAUCAGCACUUCAGAGACCAGGCCAUCAUUAGUGCUGUGGCCAGCAAACUGGACCAGGUCAGUGUCACAGACCCCUACAGACCACCUCGACCAGUAGUGAGAACUAUGUUGAGGAUGAGUGAGGUUACCACCACACAGACUGCCGCCGACACUCAGCCUCUCUCAGCCAAUGAGAUCUUCCGCUCCCUCCUGCCCAACUACAGCAUCAGCAGACCAAUCCUGGACCAGUACCUCUCCCUUCUGGUGGAUGACCCGAUGGAGUUUGUGGGGAAAUCAGGAAACCUGGAGCAGAAGCAGGUGGAGGACUUUGCUAUGAUCCCUGCCAAGGAGGCCAAAGACAUGCUGUACACACUGCUGUCAGAGAACCUGGUACAACUACAGGAAAUUCCUAAGACUCCUGACCACGCCCCUUCACGUACCUUCUACCUGUACACUGUCAACCAGCUGCCUACUGCCCGGCUACUGCUACAAGGCUGCGUUUCUACAGUGGCUAAUCUGAUUGAGAGGCGCCUCUUCGAGACCAAGGAGAACAAGCGUCUGCUGGAGAAGUCCCAGCGAAUUGAGGCGAUCCUGGCAUCGCUGCAGGCCAGUGGGGCGGAGCCUGAACAGCUGACAGGUUGGACUCUACAGAGAACCAGGUGGAUGAGACUCUUUCUACUGGAGUCCUACAUCUUCUCUACCAAGACCAAGUGA